AUGGCAACUCCAUCAUCAAUCCUCAAGAACCACGCCCUCGACUUAACUCCCUACGAAGACCUCUACAAAUAUUUCCACGCGAACCCCGAACUUUCUCUCCAAGAAGAAGCAACUGCUGAAAAGAUCGCCUCUCAUCUGUCAUCCCUCAACUGCUAUGAAAUCCACACCAAAAUCGGCGGCCACGGCCUCGUCGGCGUGCUGAAGAACGGCCCUGGGAAAACCAUCUUGCUCCGUGCAGACAUGGAUGCUCUCCCCGUGAAAGAACUCACCGGCCUCCCCUACGCAAGCAGUGUAACAAUGCGCGAUGCAGACGGCAUCGAUAAGCCCGUCAUGCAUGCCUGUGGCCACGAUAUGCACAUCACAUGUCUUCUCGCCGCGGCGGAGACGCUGGCAAAUACACGGAAUGAGUGGAGCGGGACAGUAGUGGUACUUUUCCAGCCGAACGAAGAGCGCGGCGGAGGUGCACAGGCAAUGGUCGAUGACGGACUUUACGACCACGGCAUAGUCCCAAUACCCGACUACUGUUUUGGGCAGCACGUUAUGCGCCUGCGGGCUGGAAGCGUGGGAUCAAGACCCGGCACUAUCAUGGCCGCGGCAGAUAGUAUGAAGAUCACCGUGUUCGGGCGUGGAGGGCAUGGAUCGUUGCCGCAUCAUACCGUCGACCCAGUUGUGUUAGCGGCGCAUAUCGUGGUUCGGUUGCAGGGCAUCGUGAGUCGCGAAGUCGAUCCGAGUGACUUGGGGGUGGUUACGGUUGGGAGUUUGCAGGCGGGGCAGACGGAGAACAUCAUUGCGGAUCGUGCGGAGAUCGGGCUGGAUUUUAGGACUGUGAAAUUGGAGACGAGGAGUAAGAUUAUUGCGGCAGUCAAGAGGAUUGUUGAGGCCGAGUGCUUGGCCAGUGGGUCGCCCAAGCCGCCGGUCUUUGUGCCGACGCGCAGAUUCCCGCCGACGGAUAAUGAUCAGGAGGUAGCGCAGCGAUUGGCCGUGGCUUUUGGGGGCCAUUUUGGAGAUUUUGAUGCUGAUACCCCGAGGACGAAUGUUAGUGAGGACUUUUCGACGCUCGGGACGUGCAGGGGGAUUCCUUGUGGGUUUUGGUUUGUUGGAGGUAUCGAUGCCGAUCUUUGGGAUAGAGUACAUGGUCAGGAGAAUCCAACGGAUGAGAUUGCAGGCAAUCACUCGGCUCUCUUCGCUCCUGCUAUCCAACCGACGAUGAGAUCGGGUGUGGAUGCGCUUUGUCUUGCAACUUUGACAUUCUUGAGAUAG